GAGGAGUAGAAGGACCCCGCUGUAUGGUAACCAAGCGCAUGCGCAUUGGAAACUUACGGUAUCAUCAGAGACCGAGACGUUUGGUGUUUUCGCCGAUAACCGCGUAUUAUCUGUGGGUAACAACGCGUUACUCAUAAAUUAAACAGACAUGUCGUGUUUUGGUGGUGACCCUAACUUCUGCCCAGAAUGUGGGAAUGUUCUUCCUCUCCCGGGAAUAGGCUUCCAGGACACAGUCCGCUGCCCCCGCUGCUCCUUCUGCAUCCCUGUAGCAGAGUUCUCGGGCCAGGAGAUCCGCUCGACGAUCAUAUUCAACCCUGUGGAGCAGUCGUCCUUGGCUCUAGAGGACGAGGACAACUCUGAGCUGAAGGGUGCUGUGAUUGACCGGCGCUGCUCUCGAUGCAAUAAAGAGGGGAUGGUUUACCACACCAGGCAGAUGAGAUCAGCAGAUGAAGGACAGACUGUCUUCUUCACCUGUAUACACUGCAGGUAUCAAGAGAAGGAGGACUCCUGAGAACAAGUCCAACUCACCUUCUCCAUUCCUCUCAGGAUGCUGAAGAAAGCUGCAGAUCUUUUUUUGUAAAAAUACAGUUUCCAGGGUUAAUGAACUUAAACAGCUGAACAAGAUUUGACAUUUAUACAACUGGAGUUGUUUGUAAUGUUAUUAAAGCUGCAUAAAUCCAUUUGGCCUCUAGGGACAUCAAACAGGCUGUAAACACAACACGGACAUAUUUUCAGCUUGUAAAGUUAUGGGAAAUAUGUAACUAGAACCAGAGUGACAUUAUUUGGAGUUGUUUGCACAUUCAUCAGGUGGACACAAUGUAUUACUUUCUUUCAGCUUUGUAUUGCAGUUAUCUCUAAAUCAGGCUAUAGAUUUUUAUGGAAGACAAUGUAUCAAUAUUUAAUUUAUGUGGCGUAUAUUAAAUACAUUUAAUAAAAAUGUAAACCUGUGGAGUCUGAGGGAGACAUUUUUUAGAUAUCAUAGACAGUAAAAGAAAGAUUAUAAGUCAGAGUUCAUUAAAGGGGCAUUUCACUGCUGGAAAGCUGAAUAUAUCUUUAAGUAGUAGAAAUGUGAUUUUUUUAUUU